GCUCACAAUAUAUUACACGGGAUUCCCCUGCUGAACUAUAAUGGCGGGUCCACAGUAGGGAAAUUAAUACCACCAUACACAAUCAAAGUUCGGAUUUUUAAUUUAGUUGACGCUGCAUCACGUGAAGAAAAAAAAAUCGUUUAAGCACCAAAAAGGGAUUGCUUUCUGACACAAUUUUCAUUUUAACUUUCCGUAAACACAACCACCAAUACGCAACCCUAAAUCGUUGUCUUUGAUGAAAUCUUUUUGAAGACCAAACGGACUUGGUAACUUGCUCUUAUCUCAUUUUUUAGAUAAGACGUGAAUAUCAAGGAUUUUCAUAUUUGUUUUUUCGGGAUUCUCAUCUGAAGGACAAUGCUGAAGAAGUUGAGAGGAAAAAGAACAUCGAGCGUAAAUCCUCCAGGAGCGUCCAUCAACGACUUCAACGAAAGUUAUGACCAUGAUAAGGUAUUCGACGACGACGAUGACGCUCAAUCAUCAAGCCACAUCGACACUCGAACGCUCAUUGACAGGGGCCAACAUGAUCAUCGUCGAAGUCGACAUCAACAAUCUGGAACUGGCGACGUCUGCGAGGUUGACCUAAUCACAGAUGAUUCAGUAGGGAAGAGAGUCAAAGAUAUCCAAGAAGAAAUUAAUGAAGUUGUCGAAAUUUUUGUGAAAAACAUCAACAUUAUUCUUGAAAGGGAAGGGAAGAUCGAGGAAUUGGAACGCAUUUCAGAUGACCUCCGUACAAAGGCCGAAGAGUUCCAGCAUGUGACUAGGAAGCUUUUAUUAAAAAAAUAAUUCCAAUCA